AUGAGCAUAAUGGAAGAGUUUAUCAAGGCCGGUCAAGGUCACCUUUUCGAACAAUUGGAUCAAUUGCCAGUGGAAGAUCAAAAGCAUUUUAUGGAGAACCUGAAAAGUGUCUCUGCCCGAAUAUCCCCAAAAAAGCUCGUUCACGAUUGUAAAGAAGCUUUAAAACUAGCAGCGGCUAAUUCUAAGACUGAUAUUUGCAUCGAGCCACUUCCUGAAUCGUCUUACGAGUCUAUAAUUGACAAUGAGAAGGCAAGGGCAAAGUACGGAGAUUUGGGUCGUGAAGCCAUCCGUAGAGGGGAGGUGGCAGUUAUUUUGAUGGCAGGUGGGCAGGGUACCAGGCUGGGCUCUUUGAAGCCAAAGGGCUGUUAUGAUAUAGGUUUGCCGUCCGGAAAGUCGCUGUUUCAAAUACAGGGAGAAAAAAUUCUCCGUUUGCAAGAAUUGACUGGGGCUCAGAAGCCAAUACCUUGGUACAUUAUGACUUCGGAACCCACAAGAAAGAACACUGAGGAAUUUUUCGUCGAAAAAGAGUAUUUUGGCUUAAGUCCGAAGCAAGUUACCUUUUUUAACCAGGGUACAUUACCAGCAUUUGAUUUAAAGGGUGAAGAGCUUUUAAUGAGUUCCCCAACAGCUUUGGUACAAUCUCCAGAUGGCAAUGGUGGCUUGUAUCGUGCUUUAAAGGAUAAUUGCAUUGUGGAUGAUUUUGUGGCCAAAGGAAUCAAGCAUGUCUAUAUGUAUUGCGUCGACAACGUGCUCUCGAAAGUGGCGGAUCCUGUUUUUCUUGGCUUUGCGAUUGAGAAUGGUUUUGAUUUAGCUACAAAGGCUGUUAGGAAAAGAGACUUUAGCGAAUCGGUAGGUUUAAUCGCCACAAAGGAUGGAAAACCAUGUGUCAUUGAAUAUUCAGAAAUAUCGCCAGAACUUGCGCAAGGUCAAAACAAAGAUGGGUUGCUUAACUUACGUGCUGGAAAUAUUGUGAAUCAUUAUUAUUCUGUUGAUCUCCUCAAGCGUGAGUUAUAUGAUUGGUGCAAUAAUAUGCCUUUCCAUAUUGCCAAGAAGAAAAUUUCAUUUUAUGACAACAAAACGGGUGAAACUUAUAAACCAACGGAACCCAACGGUAUUAAAUUGGAACAAUUCAUAUUUGAUGUUUUCCCAUCAGUGCCACUUGAAAAGUUCGGAUGUUUGGAAGUUGACAGGACUGAAGAAUUCUCUCCUCUGAAAAAUGGCUUAGGAAGUUCUAAUGAUAAUCCAGCAACUAGUCGGGAAGCUUAUCUUACCUUGGGCACCUCAUGGCUGAAAAACUCAGGUGCAAAAGUUGCGGACGGUGUUCUUGUUGAAGUAUCAAGCACAUUGAGUUACGCGGGAGAACAGCUGUCCCAAUUCAAAGAUGUUCAAUUCAACGAAAAUGGCACCUUUGUUGAUUGA